AUCGGUUGUAGAACGGGGUUACGCGCACGGACACAUUUCUACAAAUGUCUACAAAUUCUUUCUCUCUCUCGUUCUUCACCACGGCAUUAGGGAAGAGAGAGAUUGUAACAACACUGUAUAUUUACACAUAAUAUGACAUUUGAAAUGUCUUUAUUCUUUUGGAACUUCUGUGAGUGAGUGGCAAGAUUUGUGACCUGUUGUUCACGAAAAAAGGGCAACCAAUGAAGAACGAACACAUUGUAAAUACAACCCAUAUUUGUGUUUAUUUAUACAUAUGACAUUUGUAAUGUCUUUAUUCUUUUGGAACUUCUGUGAGUGUAAUGUUUACUGUUCAUUUUAUUGUGUAUUUCACUUUUGUUUAUUAUCUACUUCACUCGCUUUGGCAAUUUUAACAUAUGUUUCCCAUUCCAAUAAAGCCCUUGAAUUGAGAGAGAGAGGGAGAGAAAAUCACAACACAGGCAGAUAGACAGCAACAAACACGAAGCGGGGAAAUUAGAUAGAACCAAAUAGAAUGAAGGGGGAGUUGGCGAUUGAGAAAGUGAGAUAGAUAGGGUCAAUAGACUGGGCGAUACGGGAUAUAUUGAUUUUAGGAAUAUUGUGUCAAAAUCCGUUAAAAUAACUCUGUGUUCCCUGAGAGACGGGAAGGGAGAAAACACACACGCACCGUCCGGAGUCCGAAAAUGGAGGGCAUGGCAUAUGGAGCUGGGAAGGCUGGAGGAGCUUUCAACCCUAUAACGUUCUUCCAGCAGCCACACACCAUCCUCCGGAUCCUCUCUUGGUUUUUCUCCAUUGUGAUCUUUGGUUCUAUAGCCAACGAGGGUUACGUGAACCGACCCGACGAGACCCAGGAGUUCUGUAUCUUCAACAGGAACCAGAAUGCGUGUAACUAUGGACUGUUCAUGGGAACUAUGGCCUUUCUCUGCUGUCUGGCCUUCCUGGCCCUGGAUGUCUACUUCCCACAGAUCAGCUCCGUCAAGGACCGCAGGAAGGCUGUACUGGCAGACGUAGGGGUUUCAGCGUUCUGGUCCUUCAUGUGGUUCGUGGGAUUCUGUUUCCUGACCAACCAAUGGCAGGCGGCGAAGCAGGAGGACAACCCCCUGAGGGAGGGAGGGGAUGCCGCUCGCGCUGCUAUCACCUUCGCCUUCUUCUCCAUAUUCACCUGGGGUGGGCUGACUCUCUGCUCCAUGGAGAGGCUAAAGAGUGUGUCCUUCCAAGAGGAAUACCAGAAGCUGUUCACCCCUCAGCCGCCCAUCCCACUAAUAUAAUUUGUGUUCUUCUAAUAACCUUCUAGCUCCCUUUGCUUUUAAAACUGCAGUCUGCAAUUACAACUUUUCACCCCCAGCCCCCUAUCCCACUAAUAUGUGUUGUUCUAGUAGGAAACCUCUAUCUCCAAAUCCUCUGCAGCUAACCUCUUAUUGCUUCUAGUCAGACGAUGCUGUGACUGAAAUCUCGCACACAGACACACACACACACGCAGACUCCCAUAUACACACACACAGCGUAGGCAGGCAUCUACGGUAGUGUGAAAAGCUGGCAAAUUAGUUUGGUGUCUUUAUAACAAAAGCCUUAAAUGCUUUAGCUAUUCAAUAAAUAUGCACAUUUAGUGAAAAUACAUUUUUAUCACAUUUACAUUUACAUCUUCUUGUGCUCUUGUAUUUUUCAUCUGAAGAGUGAAUGAUUGUUUGUUUUCACCAAACCAAAAAACAGCUAAAAAACUGCUUUGAUAACUAACUGACCCUGAGUGACUCAAGGCCUGUGUCUAAAAGGGCACCCUAUUCCCUAUAUAGUGCACUACUUUUGAACAGAGCUAUAAAGGGAAAGGGGUGCCAUUUGGGACAUGAUCAAGCAAUUGAAUAAAGAUUUAACCUAGCUUUCCAGACAACUAAUUCAAUUCACUUUUCCUUCUUUCUUUAUUUCACUCUCCCUUUCAAACCUAAUCCACAAAUGCUGCAUUUGUUUAUCAUCUCUUACACUUCAACCUAACCACAACCCAUCCACUCCAAAUCUCCACCUCCACCCCCUACGAUACCCAUCCACCGUUCAACUACCCCCUCAAAACUUCCCUACCGACUCCUCUCCACCUUACCCCUUAACCUCCUCCACCUUCUUCACCCUCCUCCCUUCUAUUUCCCUCCACCUCACCACCUAAUCUACACACCUCUACCUCUCUCUCCACCUACCCCGUCCCUAACUUCCUCAAACCUCCCACCGCACCUUCUUCACCCCACCCCCCAACUAUGCCCUCCCACACCACUCUCUUCACCCCCCAACCCCCAACUAUGCCCUCCCACACCACUCUCUUCACCCCCCAACCCCAACGAUGCCCUCCCACACCACUCUCUUCACCCCCCAACCCCAACGAUGCCCUCCCACACCACUCUCUUCACCCCCCAACCCCAACGAUGCCCUCCCACACCACUCUCUUCACCUCACCCUCCCUCCCACAACCACUCUCUUCACCUCACCCUCCCUCCCACAACCACUCUCUUCACCUCACCCCCCCAACCCCAACGAUGCCCUCCCACACCACUCUCUUCACCUCACCCUCCAACCCCAACGAUGCCCUCCCACACCACUCUCUUCACCUCACCGUCCCUCCCCAACUAUGCCCUCCCACACCACUCUCUUCACCCCCCCAACCUCAACGAUGCCCUCCCACACCACUCUCUUCACCUCACCGUCCCUCCCCAACUAUGCCCUCCCACACCACUCUCUUCACCCCCCCAACCUCAACUAUGCCCUCCCACACCACUCUCUUCACCCCCCCAACCUCAACUAUGCCCUCCCACACCACUCUCUUCACCUCAUCCCUCCCUCCACAACCACUCUCUUCACCUCACCCCCCCAACCACAACUAUGCCCUCCCACACCACUCUCUUCACCCCCCAACCUCAACUAUGCCCUCCCACACCACUCUCUUCACCCCCCAACCCCAACUAUGCCCUCCCACACCACUCUCUUCACCUCACCCUCCCUCCCACAACCACUCUCUUCACCUCACCCCCCAACCACAACUAUGCCCUCCCACACCACUCUCUUCACCUCACCCUCCCUCCCACACCACUCUCUUCACCCCCCAACCUCAACUAUGCCCUCCCACACCACUCUCUUCACCCCCCCAACCCCAACUAUGCCCUCCCACACCACUCUCUUCACCUCACCCUCCCUCCCACAACCACUCUCUUCACCUCACCCCCCCAACCCCAACUAUGCCCUCCCACACCACUCUCUUCACCUCAUCCCUCCCUC